AUGCAGCGACGUGUUGUGAAGAUGCAAAGACAUCUAUGGGCCCAGAGUAACAUGGUGUACGUUUCGGAUGAUUUUGAAGGCGCCUUUUGUGCCCUUCGUGGUUUUGCCUUCAAAGUUCAUAAAGAGCCGCAACUUCAGUCAGGAACAGUCUCACUCUCACAAAUUCAACGCAGUCUAGUUCAAGCUCAAGAAGGAGACUUCGUUGAUGUCGUGCCAAUCGGUAUUUCGCGCCGAGCAGUUAUUUCUACUCUAGAAAUUUCCCUAUUCGGUCGGGCCAAAGAUGUCCAUUUAAAGACGGGAUUAGAGAAGCUUAGCCAAGACAUUACUACUAGACUAGCCGGCAUUCCUUUAACUGAAGGCCAAGAAGUCUACUUACCCAUUGCUGGAGAAGAAGAUCCAACUAAACACCUUAUAUUUAUUGGGCGGAUUGAACACCUAGAAACACUUGACCAGGCAGUUAUUGGAGUAGUUCAGGCCGACACUAGAAUAAGCAUUAAAGAACAUCCUGAGAUAACAAUUUUAGGUCUAGAGUCGGCCCUAACUAUCACCUCAGAUUUCAACUUCCAAGAGAUGGAGAUUGGUGGCCUACAAAAAGCCUUUGGAGAAAUGUUCCGACGAGCGUUUAUUCAGCGUACUUACCCCCCAGAGUUCAUUCAGAAGAUGGGUAUUUCUCAUAUCAAAGGAAUUAUGCUUUACGGUCCACCAGGAACAGGAAAGACUUUGAUUGCCAGGAAAAUGUCAGCCUUAUUGCACUCGGCUCCACCUAAGAUAGUUAAUGGACCUGAGAUUUUAAACAAGUACGUGGGACAGAGUGAAGAGAAUAUUAGGCGAUUGUUUGAAGACGCAGAAGCUGAUUAUCGCAAGUAUGGUGAGAAGAGUCCGUUGCAUGUAAUUAUUUUUGAUGAGAUAGAUGCUAUCUGUAAGUCUCGUGGAUCGUCUAAUGGAGUAGGUGAUCAGGUAGUCAAUCAACUCUUAUCUAAGAUAGAUGGGGUUGAGUGUCUGAAUAACAUUUUAGUGAUUGGAAUGACUAAUCGGUUAGAUUUAAUAGAUGAUGCACUUUUACGUCCUGGUCGGUUUGAAAUCCAUAUAGAGAUAGCCCUACCGGAUGCAGAAGGUCGAUUGGAGAUCUUGCGGAUUCAUACGCGUAAGAUGGCUAAGAACUGCUUCUUAGGUCCGGAUGUGGACUUGGCGGGGACAGCAGGUCGAGCUCGUAACUUUACGGGUGCCGAGAUAACUGCACUAGUUAAGAGUGCGGCUUCUUUUGCUUUGGAGCGUUCGAAGAGAGUUCAGUCGGAAGUGAUUAUUGGCCAGGCUGAUUUUGAUCGGGCUUUAAUGGAAACGGCUCCGGCCUUUGGAGUCAGUCGACGCCUCAGAAUUCCAGAGCCUUUUUAUACCUUCCCAAGUGCAGCGGCUGUUCUGGCCUUUGGAGAUCAAAUGGUGCAACGAUUGAUAACUGGAAGUUGUCCUAAGACAUUAUCCGUACUUCUUUCUGGCCGACCUGGGACUGGUAAAACUGUUCUGGCUGAAGCUAUUGCUAAGUAUUCAGAAGUACCUUUCAUUAGAGUCAUAUCACCACGUGAUUUAGUCGGUCGGGAAGAGAAUGAAAAGGUGCAUUACAUUAAGCGCACGUUUAAGGACGCCUACCGUAGUACAGAGGCGGUUGUUGUUUUGGAUGAUAUUGAGGGUUUAAUGGACUAUGUAAGCAUAGGCCCUCGGUUUUCUAAUGCAGUCUUACAGGCCAUUAAGAUCUUUGCUAAGAACCAGGAGAAGUUUAAGGUCCUAGUUGUAGGCACUACAGCUGAUGCCAGUCUUAUGGAAGAAGCUGGGAUUUUGGGGGCAUUUGAUGAGCACUUGCCAAUUCCAGUGAUGACGUCAGAGGAUGCCGCAUGGUUUGCCGAGAAUAGUGAGCUUAGGUGUGAAGUUGGCAAAACAAUCCGUGAAGUAAUCCAAUAA